UCUGGAAGCAGAAGUAGCAGGCCAAGCCCACCACGACACUUUCUUCUUCUUGUUGUUGUUCCGGCGUCGUCGGUCGGAAUCAGACCACGCCGGCCGCCGUAAUCUCCGUCUCUCUGCCAUCACCAAGAAGAAGACGAGAGCAGAGCAGAGCAGAGCAGCCAUGGUGUCCGACGCCAGCAAGAAGAAGGCGGCGCAGAAAAAGGCCGCCGCCGCCGCAAAGAGGGGGGCCAAGGUGCCCACCUCCUCCUCUUCCUCAUCCUCGGCAUCCACCAAGAAGGUCGCCGACGCCCUCGCCGCCGUCCACCUCUCCGACCGCACCUGCACCGCCGUUCUCACCUCCCACCCGCUCUCCCGCGACAUCCACAUAGAGUCUCUCACUUUAACAUUCCACGGCCACGAUCUACUUGUGGACACAGAGCUGGAGCUUAACUACGGCAGGCGCUAUGGUUUGCUUGGUCUGAAUGGCUGCGGAAAGUCCUGCCUUCUUAAAGCAAUAGGAUGCAGGGAGCUUCCUAUCCCUGAGCACAUGGAUAUAUACCACCUCAGCCAUGAGAUUGAGGCUUCAGACAUGUCUGCACUGGGAGCGGUCAUUAGUUGUGAUGAAGAAAGGGUCAAGCUGGAAAAGGAAGCUGAAGUUUUGGCCGCUCAAGAUGAUGGCGGCGGUGCAGCUUUGGAGCGCGUAUAUGAGCGGUUAGAAGCAAUUGAUGCAUCCACCGCUGAAAAGCGUGCUGCCGAGAUUUUGUUUGGCCUGGGCUUUAACAAGCAGAUGCAGGCCAAGAAAACUAGGGACUUUUCUGGCGGUUGGCGCAUGAGAAUUGCUUUGGCAAGAGCUCUCUUCAUGAAUCCAACCAUUCUUUUGCUCGAUGAACCUACCAAUCAUCUUGAUCUUGAGGCAUGCGUGUGGCUGGAAGAAACACUGAAGAAAUUUGACCGUAUACUUGUUGUGAUAUCACACUCUCAAGACUUUCUGAAUGGGGUAUGUACGAACAUCAUCCACAUGCAGAACAGGAAGCUGAAGCUCUACACCGGGAAUUUCGACCAGUAUGUGCAGACCCGAUCUGAGCUGGAGGAGAACCAGAUGAAGCAGUACAGGUGGGAGCAGGACCAGAUCGCGUCGAUGAAGGAGUACAUCGCGCGAUUCGGGCAUGGGUCCGCCAAGCUGGCACGGCAGGCCCAGAGCAAGGAGAAGACGCUGGCCAAGAUGGAGCGCGGCGGGCUGACGGAGAAGGUGGCGAGGGACAGGAUCCUGACGUUCCGGUUCGCGAACGUGGGCAAGCUCCCGCCGCCGGUGCUGCAGUUUGUGGAGGUGACGUUCGGGUACACGCCCGACAACCUGAUCUACAAGAAGCUGGACUUUGGGGUGGACCUGGACUCGCGGGUGGCGCUGGUGGGUCCCAACGGGGCGGGGAAGAGCACGCUGCUGAAGCUGAUGACGGGGGAGCUGGUGCCGCUGGACGGGAUGGUGCGGCGGCACAACCACCUUCGGAUCGCGCAGUUCCACCAGCACCUGGCGGAGAAGCUGGACCUGGACCUCUCCGCGCUGCAGUACAUGCUGAACGAGUACCCGGGCAACGAGGAGGAGCGGAUGCGGGCGGCCAUCGGGCGGUUUGGCUUGUCGGGCAAGGCGCAGGUGAUGCCGAUGCGGAACCUGUCGGACGGGCAGCGUAGCAGGGUGAUCUUUGCGUGGCUGGCGUGGCGCGAGCCGCAGAUGCUGCUGCUGGACGAGCCGACGAACCACCUGGACAUCGAGACGAUCGACUCGCUGGCGGAGGCGCUGAACGAGUGGGACGGCGGGCUGGUGCUGGUGAGCCAUGACUUCCGGCUGAUCAACCAGGUGGCGCAGGAGAUCUGGGUGUGCGAGAAUCAGGCGGUUACCCGGUGGGAGGGCGGCAUCAUGGAGUUCAAGGAGCACCUGAAAAGCAAGUCGGGUGGCAUGUCGGAGGACUGAUGGUCACCUCCUGGCUGGACUGGAGAGAAUAUAUAAUCUAUCUAUCUAUCUAUCUAGUGUUAUUUAUCUACUAUAUACGUGUAGAAGAUGUUUUUCCUCAUCCAUCCUGUGCUGCUGGUUGAGAUUUUUUUAGGGUCCAAGAGUUGUUAGCAUGAAGAUGAAGGGAUCCAUGCCGAUAGUUGCCUUCAUCUUAAUCUGUUGUUAAGCGUGUUUGACUGUCCACAUUGCUCUUGUUGCACGUUUGGUUUAUAUAAACCAAUUUGUUGUUAGUAUUUUAUAUACGAAGGAGUUGAUGAUUGAACUUU